AUGUCCGAAGCUCCAUAUGAUCCCUACGUUCCCAAGGGCGGCGCCGACCCGCAAGCUGGUGGCCAGUCGCGCACACAGGCGCUCCAAGGUGAAAUCGACGCCACCGUCCAGGUGAUGCGAAAGAACAUCGAGAACGUGGCUCAGCGAGGCGACCGCCUGGAUGUUCUGCAAGAUAAGACGGAUAACCUGGCAGAAUCUGCGCAGGGUUUCCGCCGCGGCGCCAACAGAGUCCGCAAGCAGAUGUGGUGGAAGGACAUGAAGAUGCGAGUCUGUAUCGUUGUUGGAAUCGUUCUUCUCCUAGUUGUUAUUAUUGUUCCUUCUGUUGUUGCGACACACCACUGA